AUGUAUGCGCCAUCUCCGUCCUCACUGCAGGACCAGGCACGCCGCAUCAAGACUUUCAAGCCCACCGAGUCGAAUCCCUUCGUUCUGGGUCUUCCCACCGGCAGCAGCCCUGAAAUUAUCUACAAGACCCUCGUCCGCCGCCACCGCGCCGGCGACAUCUCGUUCAAGAAUGUCGUGACAUUCAACAUGGACGAAUACGUCGGGCUUCCCCGCGACCACCCCGAAUCCUACCACAGCUUCAUGUACAAGCAUUUCUUCUCGCACGUCGACAUCCCGCCCCAGAACAUCAACAUCCUCAACGGCAACGCGCCCGAUCUCGCGGCCGAAUGCGCCUCCUUUGAGGCGCGCAUCGCCCGCUACGGCGGCAUCGAGCUCUUCCUCGGCGGUGUCGGGCCCGACGGACACAUCGCCUUCAACGAGCCCGGCUCGUCGCUGAGCAGCCGCACGCGAGUCAAGACCCUGGCCUACGACACGAUCCUGGCCAACUCGCGCUUCUUCGACAACGAUGUGGACAAGACGAUCAUGGACGCGCGCGAGGUGGUCAUCGUGGCCACGGGCGCGCACAAGGCCAUCGCGCUCGAGAAGGGCCUGGAGGGCGGCAUCAACCACAUGUGGACGCUCUCGGCGCUGCAGAUGCACCCGCACCCGCUGAUCGUGUGCGACCGCGACGCCACCCUGGAGCUGAAGGUGAAGACGGUGCGGUACUUCGAGUCGAUCGAGCAGGCCGGCACCGACGCCCGCACGCAGGGCCCGCCGCUCGUCUACCGGCCCCGGACGUACGUGCCCGCGCCGAUGUCCGCGCCCAAGCCCCCGCAGCAGCAGCAACACACCCCGGCGUCGACGCCGCCCAAGGUGCCCAAGGACCUGCGCAUCAACACCGAACUGAACCAGUCGCUCGAGGAUGACGAGUUGACGCCCGAUAGUAUGUCUUCCCGCAUGGUGGACUCGGCGAUCAGCGGGCUGGACUCGACUCUGAAGGGAGAUCUGUUGUUUGACCGCAUGGGCGCCCGUGUGGCUCUUCACUGA